UUCUCCCUCUGACGUACAGGGAACUGUUUUGACAGUGUAGGGUGGCAAUGACCGGCAGUGACCGAGCUGGGAGACCUCAACCCUUACAACUGCCCGGCUGGGACUGAAACCCAUGCCGCCGACGCCGCCGCCGCCAUACGGAGCGCUGUCCGUCCGCUGUGGUGCUGAACAGCAGGAUACGACCCUGCGACAGGUGACGCGGAGCUUAUCCAAUAGAGACUCAACUUGAUUAAACAACAGCAAAAACUCUUUGUGUGUACGGAUUUGAACUAAGUUAAAAACACAGAAGAAACUGAAAGCACGGAUCAGAGGUGAUGGCUGGACUCCCCCCCGCCCUCGGCGUCACUCCAGCGGUCUGAGCAGAGCAGCGCGCUGCCGCCUCGUACCGGAACCCGUCGGAGCCUCCGUAGGAGCAGAGUCAGAGGCUUUCAAUAAGUGAGUGGCGGUUGACGGUUCGUUGCGCGUGGACUGGAGCGCGGCAAGCUCCCUGUCUGACCUAGCGCUCCUGGGGAGCACGCGGACCUCCUUGGCGCGCAGACUGAUACUGACAGCACCUUUGGGCGCACUGGACUUCAGCGAGGUGAAUGUUGAUGACACCAUUGAAAUGUUACCAAAAUCGAGAAGAGCUCUCACUAUUCAAGAGAUUGCUGCAUUAGCGCGAUCCUCCCUGCAUGGUAUUUCCCAGGUGGUGAAAGACCAUGUGACAAAGCCUACAGCCAUGGCGCAGGGCAGAGUAGCCCAUCUUAUAGAGUGGAAAGGCUGGUGCAAGCCUAUAGACACUACAGCAGCACUGGAAUCAGACUUCAACUCCUAUUCUGACCUCACCGAAGGAGAGCAGGAGGCACGCUUUGCUGCUGGUGUGGCAGAGCAGUUUGCCAUUGCAGAGGCUAAGCUGAGGGCCUGGUCCUCUAUUGAUGGCGACGAGUCCAAUGAUGACUCAUAUGACGAAGAUUAUCUGCCUGCGAAUGAGCCCACCACACAGAGCACAGAUGUGCCAUCUUAUCCCCCCUACUUGAAGGACCUGAUCCACAGCCAGCUUUGCCAACACCUGGGCUUACGAGGUUCCUGUUGUGAGAGUGGAGGUGGAGGUGGAGAGGGAGGUGGCAGUGGAGAGCCCUCCCCUACGGCAGGCUCUCCAGACACCCUGUGCUCCAGCCUCUGCAGCCUGGAUGAACAGCACCCGCUGCUGCGUGAUCUCGGUGGCCACCGUGGCACCCACUCCCACAGCAAUGCCGCAGAGCUCGCUGCAAAGAUCCUGUCGGCGCUGCACGGAAGAGAGGAGCUGCUCCUGGCCCGACUUCAGAGGGUGGGGCACAGUGGGGGAGACUGUGGUUUCCAAAGUCUGGGUGGGGUUGGGCGAGGCAUCAGGCCCUGCGGGGGUCACAACUCUCCUUGCUACUCAAUGACUUAUUCUGACACGUACCUGUCACCAGGCGAGGAUGAUGACACCCCGUGCAAGGACUAUGAGAGCACCGUGUGCCAGGUGGAGGCAGAGCACAACGGGGUGGAAUAUCCGCCCGACUACGACCCUCGCAGGAGGGUUUCUGAUGUGGCCUCCUCUGGUGUUGUUUCCCUGGAUGAGGAGGAUGAAGAGGAGGAGGAGGAGGAGGAAGAGAGAGCAGGAGAGUCAAACAACCAGUGACUCCUCUCUUCCCGCCUCAGUGUUGAAUCCCUCCACACGCUUUGGAAGACUUUUUUCAUUCAUGGCAUCUGAAAACUUUCGCCCUCUGAGCAUGUUGGGUUUUUCUGUUUCUCCGUGGACUGAUACAUAAAUCAUCCGUCUUUGCCUUACUCGCAGCAUUUCCUCAUAACUGCUUUGUCCUCAUUCCAUAUCUGCAAUGUAUUUCUUUUGAAGGCGUCCAAACAAUCCUUUUCUUAUCAAUGUGAAAACAGUGAGUGCUGGACUUGGUAUGACGCUCACGGUUUUCGGCUCUGUUCCCUACCUGCGAUGUAAACAGAUGCCACUACGAGGCAGACAGAAUGACCGAGAGUCCAAAACUCUGACUUACUCUUUGCAUGUGAUUUGCAAGUGCUGAAAUCAUUGGGCUGACCUGGUCUUGAGCACGAUUUGUAAUCUCAGCUGUUCUGUAUAACCCCUGCCCAUCUCCCCCCACCUCAGCGUUCUCCCAUGGGAGGGCAGGUUGACAUUGCAUCCUGGGACCUGCCCUUACCCCCCUCCCUUACCUUCUCUCCUUUGCAAGAGACUAAAUAGCAUCCUUUUGGGCAUGGCUUGCUGAGUAUGCCAAACUAUUUAAUCCUGUCACUACCAAUUAUGAGCAAAUGCUGGAAUGUCUUUAAAGUGACAGGACAUAGUAUGUAUUUUAAAAUAACAAAGUUUAAAAAAAAACAAAACAGAUCUGUCACAGAUGAUCUGACAGAAAUGAUAUGCUUUUAUUGUACUAGUUUUCUAUCACUCAAACAUGUUGUUCACAUUAUUCCAAACAUCAUUAUGAUGGCCGUCUGCCAUAAUGAUCAACUUCAGCUUCUGGAUAUUUUGAGUGAUUCUGUGGAUUCCUGCAGGGAAAACACCAGAAUUUUGGUAGUCUUAAAAACAAACAAACAAACAAACAAACAAACAAACAAACAAACAAACAAACAAACAAACAAACAAACAAACAAACAAACAAAAACAGCGGCAGCAGCAUCGGCAGCAGCGACAAUGACAAAACAGAAUGUUCCUAAAGUGGCCCUUUGGCUUUAGGUGUUCAGCAGGAAUCGAUGCAGUUUGAACUGACAGAAAUGGUUUUUUUUUGUUUUGAUUUUUUUUCCUGUGAAGCGAUAAGUUGCAUUGGAGAUUUUUCUAUAUUUUUGUAUGCGUUGUCUUGCUUUGAUCUCUUUGCCUAUGCUGCGUGCCAGUGUAUGUGGUUUUUUUGCACGAAGCUAAUGUGGCUGUAGAUUACUCCUUUUCUUUGUUAUCACUGUGUGAUAUAGUCUACUGGGAAACAAAAAAAAAAAAAAAACUUCAAAUGUGAACAAAAAAGUUUUUAUUUCAAAAGAGGAUACUGUGAUACGGUUUGUUGUUGCCAUUCGUCAUGAUCCUCAUGAAGAGCUCUUCUUUUUCUCUUCCUUUUUUUCAAAAAUGUUCUUCAUUCUCUCCUCUCAUACUGACUCUUGAAAAGCUUUGCCUUUUAUUCUCUACUUUCUCUUCUUUUCUACGAUGCGUGCAAAAGGGCACGUUUAUGUGAUACAUGCCGAAUCUCCCAUCUCCAUCGUGACAUGAGGAGUCCUGUUGAGGUUCUCCCAGAGGGACUGUCAUUCAUACAACUCAGGAAAUCCCAUCGGACCAGAGCGUCGAUGCAUCCCGCCCGCUCACAUAACACCGCUUGUCUCUCAUCCUCCACCUGCUUGUGUGUGUGUUUUGUAUGUGAGAGAAAGCCUGGUGUACAUAGUUAUUUUCUACAAAUGAUUAAAGCACAGAAUCAGUCCCCAUAUCCCCUCAUUUAUUUUGUUUGACUGUUUAGAAAAGCCUCAAUGUGCUACUCUGUAUGUGUUUUUGCACAGGUGCAUGCAUGUAUAAUUGUUUGUGUGUGUGUGUGUGUGCAUGUGUCUCUAUUGUAAGAUGUCAGCAAGCACUUCAAGCUUGCACUGUAUAUCCAUUCCAAAACCCCUUCAAUGCAGCAAUUCCCUUUAAAACAGUAUCUGGUGUAACUGAGCUCUCGUUUGAAGUUGGACUUCUAUCAGUGUAGGAUAUUUUUAAAAAAGCAUAACAGUACAUAAUAAAAAAUGAAGCAAAAGGAAUGGUGUAGCUAAAUUGGCUGAAUUCUGAUCAAAACCAUAUGAAAAUGAGAAGGAGUUUUUGAAAAGAUAGCGACAACUCAGGGGGAACCAUUGAAGCUGUGCCUUUCAUUUGUCACCUUUGACCUCCGAUGUUGCAUCAUCAUCAUCAUCAUCAUCAUCAUCAUUAUCAUCUCAAUCCAAUCCGCUACGAUGUCACUCAGGCCGUACCUUGGCCUCCUUCCCCUUCUCUGCUUUAAAAAUGAGUGAGUGCAGAAUAAAAAUCCCGAGUUCGAGUUGGACGGGGGGAGCAAAUAUCCUGUUGCAUCUCCUGUGUGUAACCGCCUGCUGCAGCUGGAGGUUACAGUGGGCCGAUUUGCGUCAUUGUCCUUUUGGUUGACAUUAAAAGCUGGGCGAUGCUUGUGAGGCGAGGUUGUGCUUUUGUCUGGGUGCUGUGACGCGAAUGUGUGAUUGACCCCCCCCCC